AUGAUAAGUGUGGUGAAGCAAUACUGGCCUUAUGUCCCUGAAGACCUUGUACUGUUUGGUUACACUGUAGAUGGAAUAUCACAUGUUAUUAGUCAUGAUUUGGAGUUGAGGUUUUUCAUUCACUACUGCAUCUCCACAGGGAUUGAUGUUGUGAAGUUUAACAUCCAGCUGAAGAUUUGUGUUGAUUCUGUUCCUUCUUCUUCUUCUUAUGUUGGUCCUUCUUCGACAACAUCAAGUUGUGUUUCAAACAAUGAAUUGGUUGUUGUAGAAGACUUGACAGAUGAUUCGUCUUUGAUCAAAAGGGUCCCCAAGAAGUCAGAUGCUUGGGCCAACAUCUUAACCGGAGUAGGGCAGGUUUUUGAGAGUAAAAUUGUUUGUCGUGAUAGUGUAAGAAGUACGAAUAUCAUAGUGGUUACAAACUUGACGUACUGCAAGAAGUUUCAAGGACAGCAUUCAUGUGAUUUAGCUUCUUCUGAUCCAGCAAAAGUCAGGAUGACGAAAUCUUUUCUAAAGGAUAUCUUAGUAGAUGAAUAUCGAGCAUCAAAGAAGAAGAAGACUGCAGCUGAUGUCCAAGAUCUACUCCAUCUGGAGUAUGGUAUUGAUCUCUCAUAUAGUCAGACAUACCAUGGUUUAAAGUUCACUAAAGAAUUUCUUUGGGGUGAUGACAUCAAGUCUUAUUCAUACCUUCUUUGGUAUAAAGAUUCAAUUCAACGUUAUAAUCCUGGUAGCGUUUUCAACUUUGAGUAUGAUGGUGAAACGAAGCAGUUCCAGAGGUUUUUUGUUGCUUUUGAAGCUUCUAUUACUGGUUUCAAUAAGUACUGUCGUCCGAUGUUGUUUAUUGAUUGUACUCUCCUCACUGGGAAGUUUAAGGGAGGUCUUAUGGUUGCUUGCGGAAAAACUGGUAACCAAGUUUCACUUGUUGAUCCCCUAAUAUAUGUUGUUGAUCUUAUGAUUUCAGUUGUUGAUCCCAUAAAAAUCUAUCCAGUUGCAUUUGGAAUAGUUUCCUAUGAAAAUUAUGCCAGUUGGGAAUGGUUCUUAACCAAUUUGAAGGGUAUUAUCAGUGAAGACCGCCCACUGACCAUCAUAUCAUACCGUGGAGCUGGCCUUUUGAAGCAUAUCCCUUUUGUCUUUCCAAAAGCUUUCCAUUCUUUCUGUUUGUACCACAUGAAAGGUAAUGUUCUUGUUCCAAUGGGAAAGAGUAGGCAAACUGUUGUGAAGCUUUUUGAAGAAUGCUACACUAAGUUAACAAAGGAGAAGUUUUAUGUUGCUGCCAAGACUAUGAGCAAUCUGAAGCUGGAUUCAUUUAUUUAUUGGAUGAUAAAGAUUCCGUUCCAGAACUGGGAUGCUCAUGCGUUUCUAGGAGAAAGGUUUGGUGAGAACACAUCAAACAUUGCUGAGAGUUUUAAUAGUGUGAUUAAUCAUGAUAAGCGGCUUCCAGCACUUGAGAUUCUUGAUUCUAUUCGUGCAUAUGUAAUGGAGCAGAACUACAAGAGGAAGGUGGAGUCCGCUAAGUGGACUGGAAAGCUUACUCCCCGGAUGCAAGCUAGUCUCAACAAGAGGGUGACCGACUGCCGUUUCUACAAGUUUAGAAGAUCAAGUGAUAAAGUCUUUGAAAUAAUUUCUCCUACUGGAAAGCACAUGGUCGAUUUGGAUGCUAGGACUUGCACUUGCAAUUGA